GGCCGCUCCGGGACGCGGACCGCCAGGACUUGAACGUGACUCCCAGUUGCAGGAAAUUGGCAACGUCUCUGAAGAACCCUUGCUUUUGCCUGAACCCCAAGCAUCAUGGUCUCCCAUUUCAUGGGGUCUUUCAGUGUCCUGGGUUCCCUCCUGCUGCUUGGAUUCCAGUUCGUCUGCCCACAGCCCUCCACUCAACACAGGAAGGUCCCACAGCGGAUGGCUGCAGAGGGCGCCCCCGGGGACGGUGGCGGCAGCGGCGCCCCGGGAGUGUGGGGCUCCUGGGGCCCCUGGUCCGCCUGCUCGCGGAGCUGCAGCGGCGGCGUGAUGGAGCAGAAGCGGCCCUGCCUGCCCCUCUCCUACCGGGUGCGCAGCGGCCCGCGGCCCAGUACCCCCGCGCGCACCUUCGUGGACCACGUGGUGUCGGCCGUGCGCACGUCGGUGCCACUGCAUCGGAGCCGGGACGAGCAGCCAGCCCUGGCCGGCUCGGAUGCUAGCCGCCAGGGCCCAGCCAUGCUGCGGGGCAGCCGGCACCCACAGCCCCACAGCCGCGAAGUCACCACGGACAGAAGGAGCAGGACCCGAGGUCCCAUUGGCCCUGGCAAGUAUGGCUAUGGGAAGGCUCCAUAUAUCCUACCACUGCAGACAGACACUGCACACAUGCCACAGAGGCUCCGGAGACAGAAGCCCUCAUCCCGGCACUCCAGGUCCCAGGGGGCAUCAUCUGCUAGGCUUGGCUACAGCUCACCAGCCCACCCGGUCCCCCAACAUGGGCCUUUGUACCAAAGUGACAGUGGCCCUCGCUCUGGACUGCAGGCUGCGGAGGACCCCAUCUACCAGCUGCCUUUGACCCAUGAUCAAGGCUUCCAGGCAGCUUCAAGUCUCUUUCACAGCCCGGAAACAAGCAACAACCAUGGUGUGGGGACCCACGGGGCAGCUCAGAGCUUCUCUCAGCCUGCCCGAUCUACAGCAAUCUCAUGCAUUGGGGCCUAUCGGCAGUACAAGCUGUGCAACACCAACGUAUGUCCGGAAAGCAGUAGAAGCAUCCGGGAGGUGCAGUGUGCAUCCUACAAUAACAAGCCAUUUAUGGGCCGGUUUUAUGAAUGGGAGCCAUUUGCAGAAGUAAAAGGCAAUCGCAAAUGUGAGUUGAACUGCCAGGCAAUGGGCUACCGCUUCUACGUACGGCAAGCUGAGAAGGUCAUCGAUGGCACCCCCUGUGACCAGAACGGCACGGCCAUCUGUGUGUCUGGGCAGUGCAAGAACAUUGGCUGUGAUGACUACCUAGGCUCUGACAAAGUCGUGGACAAAUGUGGGGUGUGUGGAGGAGACAAUACGGGCUGUCAGGUUGUGUCGGGCGUGUUUAAACAUGCCCUCACCAGCCUGGGCUACCACCGCGUCGUGGAGAUUCCCCAGGGAGCCACGAAAAUCAACAUCACGGAGAUGUACAAAAGCAACAACUAUUUGGCCUUGCGAAGUCGUUCUGGACGCUCCAUCAUCAAUGGGAACUGGGCAAUUGAUCGUCCAGGAAAAUACGAGGGCGGAGGGACCAUGUUCACCUACAAGCGUCCAAAUGAGAUUUCGAGCACUGCUGGAGAGUCCUUUUUGGCGGAAGGUCCCACCAACGAGAUCUUGGAUGUCUAUAUGAUACACCAGCAGCCAAACCCAGGUGUGCACUACGAGUACGUGAUCAUGGGGACCAACGCCAUCAGCCCCCAGGUGCUGCCCCACAGGAGACCAGGGGAACCCCUCAACGGCCAGUUAGUGACAGAAGGCAGGAGCCAGGAGGAGGGAGAAGCGAAAGGGAGGAAUGAGAAGAAGGAGGACUUGCGUGGGGAGGCCCCGGAGACAUUCACCUCGGAAUCGGCACAGACCUUCCCGGUCAGGCAUCCGGACAGAUUUUCUCCCCGUCGACCGGAUACCUUGGUGCCACCGGCACCGCAGCCCCCACGGCGAAGCCGGGAUCACAACUGGAAGCAGCUUGGGACGACAGAAUGCUCCACGACCUGCGGGAAAGGAUCGCAGUACCCUAUUUUCCGCUGUGUGCACAGAAGCACUCACGAAGAGGCUCCGGAGAGCUACUGUGACGCCAGCAUGAAGCCGACCCCCGAGGAGGAGCCCUGCAACAUCUUCCCUUGCCCAGCCUUCUGGGACAUCGGGGAGUGGUCUGAGUGCAGCAAGACCUGUGGCCUGGGCAUGCAGCACCGCCAGGUCCUGUGCCGCCAGGUGUAUGCCAACCGCAGCCUGACGGUGCAGCCCUACCGCUGCCAGCACCUGGAGAAGCCCGAGACCACCAGCACCUGCCAACUCAAGAUCUGCAGUGAGUGGCAGAUCCGGACCGACUGGACCUCGUGCUCGGUGCCCUGUGGAGUGGGACAGAGGACCCGCGACGUGAAGUGUGUGAGCAACAUUGGGGACGUGGUUGCCGAUGAGGAAUGCAACAUGAAGCUCCGGCCGAAUGACAUUGAGAACUGUGACAUGGGACCUUGUGCCAAGAGCUGGUUCCUCACUGAGUGGAGUGAAAGGUGCUCAGCGGAGUGUGGGGCUGGAGUGCGGACACGCUCGGUGGUGUGCAUGACCAACCAUGUCAGCAGCCUACCCCUGGAGGGCUGUGGGAACAACCGGCCGGCAGAGGCCACCCCAUGUGACAAUGGACCCUGCACGGGCAAGGUGGAGUGGUUCACCGGGAGCUGGAGUCAGUGUUCCAUUGAGUGUGGGCAUGGGACGCAACAGAGGGAGGUGAUUUGUGUUAGAAAGAAUGCAGACACCUUUGAAGUGUUGGACCCCUCUGAAUGUUCUUUCCUGGAAAAACCCCGCAGCCAGCAAUCCUGCCACCUCAAGCCUUGUGGAGCCAAAUGGUUUAGCACCGAAUGGAGCAUGUGUUCCAAGAGCUGCCAGGGUGGCUUUCGGGUCCGGGAAGUGCGGUGUCUGUCAGAUGACAUGGCUCUGAGUAACCUCUGUGACCCUCAGUUGAAACCAGAAGAGAGAGAAUCUUGUAACCCUCAGGACUGUGUCCCUGAAGUUGAUGAAAACUGCAAGGACAAGUACUACAACUGCAACGUGGUGGUCCAAGCCAGACUCUGUGUCUACAACUACUACAAGACUGCGUGCUGCGCCUCCUGCAUCCGUGUGGCCAACAGGCAGACGGGCUUCCUGGGGAGCAGAUAACACCCCCGCACCCCAUCCGUGGGGCAGCAUCACUGCCCUCCCAGGGGCUUCCGCAGUGCGCCUGGCUGGCUGCUGCUCCAUCAAGGGCCCCCUGGCCCAGGCACUGCCAAGCCGCUUAGUCACCACCCCCUGUACCCAGGGGCUUUGAACACAGGAUGUUUGAAAGCCACGAUUGGUCCUUUAAGCAUCACCAUGUACUGAUGAUCCCCUCCUUGGACCUGGCACCUGCUAAUGGUGUCCUUUGAAAGCCAAGCAGCGGGAAGUGCAUGGAGCUCUCAGCCCUGCUCCCAUAUGGCACCUUUCAAGUCUGCAGAUGGGCCACUGCCUGAGCACCGCCCCGUCCAUGGUGCUACUGGCCUUUCUAACAUUAGCUCCCUGGAGAGUCCAAGGAGGCAGUGUCCCCAAUCCAGAGCCCCUCUAAGCCUUGCCGACACGCGUGCAUCCCUCUGUGACCUCAGCCCAGCUGUGCCUGUUUUCAUUCUCAAGACAUUAGACUGUUUCCUGCCGUAUGACACAAAUAUCUCACAUGACUAUUGUGCUUUAUUUAGCAGGUAUAUUCACAGAGACUAGCUCCUUAGCAGCUCACAACAACCCGGAAUGAGAGGUAGGGGGUGAUUCAUCAUCCGCAUUUUAAUGACAGAGAAACUGAGGCUCAACUGAGGUAACUGACCUGCCAGGUGUAUUCGCCCAUCCAGUGGAAGAGCUGAGUCCCUGCCCCAGUCAUCUACCAAUACCAGCUUGGGGGCUGUCCUUAGGUGUGAAGGGUGGUGGCUUCAUUUCUGACCAAGUCUGGGGGUGGGGGACUGAGAAGUUUCCCAGAAUCCAAACAAAGCCCAGGCCCCUGAAAUCUUUCUGAUCAAGUCUGUAUCCCAGCACUCAGUUGCUUUGGACGUCUGUUCCUACCUUCCCUUCCCUGCAAAGUUACAGACCCUAGUUACAGGACUCUGCAGGCUUUGUUAAACUGUCCGUGAAACUAGAAAGCCAUCGGGG